CUAGCAUGACGUAAUUAACCACAAUGUAAAUAUUUGAGAUCCUAAGAGUGUGCACUGUGCACCGAAUCUAUUUUUAUUGUUUAUAACUCGUGUGUGUUUGUUCACUGGGGCUUCUGUGUGUAUCUUGGAAGAGUGUCUCGCUGUACUUUUAAGUGGAGGAACUGUAUCUGUUUAAUUAUUGUAUGUUUAACGAUGUUGGCACGGAAUGCUUAUAGAAGAUGAUCAGUUCCUGAACCCGAAACUAUUAUUGACACAAUCUUCAUCGUAAUUUCAAUUUAUCAGAUCAGAGGACCACGCUAGUUGAAAUUUUGUGAGCCCUGAUACAGUGAUAGUUACAGUGAUAGUUACAGUGGUAGUUACAGUGAUAGUUAAUCGCUGAUAACUUUUCAAUCUAUAUCCAGUGAUCUCCAGCUCCUACAUCUGAUCGCCAGAAAGCUCAUCAGUGAUGAGCGAGCUUUUUGCGCUUUUUGCCGCAAAGAAACAGGUUCGAAGACAUGUGGCUACAAGAACAGCAAGGAUGAAUGCAGACGAAGUUAAGGUCAAAUGGCUGAACAUACAGAAGCGGAGUUACACAAACUGGAUCAAUGAGGUGCUCCGUCCCACGGGUGUGGUGGUUAACGACAUAGUGGAUGACAUCGGGUCUGGGGUCCUGCUAUGUAAACUAGCCAUGUUACUCACCAUGAAGAAGAUAAGGUACCAGAAGAACCCCAAACUAGUAUUCCAGCGUCAAGAAAAUAUCCAGAAAGCUUUAAACCUUAUAGAGCAGUCCGGAUGUAAACUUAUCAAUAUAGGAGCAUCAGACAUACUUACCAAGAACGAGAAACUCAUCCUGGGUCUGAUGUGGCAGCUAGUUCAACACUUCCAUGUCUUCCAGUCGAUAAAAAAUGUAAAGAGUUUGAAUCAAACUAUGAAGGAUGAAAAUCUGAUGGGAAAUGCUGGGGAUGAAACUGAUGAGAUCUACGACGAGUUGACACCCGCCGAAAAGAAACAUAAAUCCUCUGAGAUCAAGAAACAGAUUAUAGCGGACAUGAACAGAAGAAUGGCUCCGAGAGGAGUGGAGGUCCAUAAUUUCAAAUCUGAUUGGAAGGACGGUGAGGCACUAUGUGCUCUCGUGGACUACAAUGUCAAAGGGAUAUACGACCUCUAUACAGACUCAGACCCGGUUCAGAAAGUAGCUCAGAGUAUGAUAGCCGCAUACAAGUUCCUGGGUAUACCUCAACUCAUUGAACCAGAGGAUUUCAUCAGUAACCUUAUCGACGAGCAAACAAUGUCAAUGUACCUGUCCUGCUUUGUGCACGAUGGAAUUGAACAGAUAUCAGUGGAUCUGUUUGAAGGAAUGGAGAAAGUGGAAAAGAAUGAUGAGUUGGUGGAGAAAGUAGCAAGAGCGAAACCAAAGUUGGUGAAAACCAAGUCAAUGAUGGCGGUUGAUAGCGGUACUGAGAAAGCGGCAGAUAUUCUUGGUCAUAUUCAGGUAUUACAGGAAGAAGAGGAAAAAGUGCAAAAGGAAAACAUGUCAGCGCUCACGGCAACACAACAGCACGUGCAGAAGCUAUUGCAUCAUUUACCGCCCAAACCCGAACAACAUUCUCUCAGUGAGAUCCUAUCUCCCCAGGCCAGAUCAAACAGCACAGACUCUUCGAUCGAUGAAGGGAUUGGAGCUGAGUUGACGGAUGCCUCUUUACAAUCCACCCCGAGCAAACUCUCUCCCGAGCCGGAAUCUGUAGAACUAAGCGAGGAUGUAAUAGGAAAAGUGAGUUUGGAGGCGUCUUUGCCAUCGCCAGACCUUGAUGACACGAUCCAAGCUCCUGAAACAGAGACUCCGACAACCAAUGUGGCGGAUAUCAUCGAAGACGAAAUCCAGCUCGAAAUCGAAGCAGAAAUCGAAGCAGAAAUCGAAGCAGAAAAUCAGGCAACAGUUGAAUCGUCUCCUCCGGACUUACCGGAGCCGGAAUGUCCCUCACCUGGGGAAAUAGAAAGUGAAGUUGGUAUAGAGUUGCUUUCUCCCGACAAUCAAGAAGAACUUCGACUAAAGCUUGGCGCAAGUCUCAAUGCUACCAUAUCUGAUGAGAUCACUUCUAUUCUUGGAGACAAUGAUCAAGAGGAUGUUUCUGCUCUAGAAGCUACUUUAGGUAAUGAUGUGGACAUCAAAGCAGGGCAUGAGUGGGAAGCAGCUGAUCCCAUUCGAAGUACUUCACUUGAGGCAACCAUUCCAGACAUUGAAACACCAGCUGUUGAAGUAGAGGUUGAAGCACCAGUUGUUGAAAUCGAAACACCAGCUGUUGAAAUCGAAGCACCAGUUGUUGAAAUCGAAACACCAGCAGUCGAAUUAGAGGUUGAAGCACCAGCUGUUGAAAUCGAAACACCAGCUGUUGAAAUCGAAGCACCUGCAGUCGAAUUAGAGGUUGAAGCACCAGUUGUUGAAAUCGAAACACCAGCUGUUGAAAUCGAAGCACCUGCAGCUGUUGAAAUUGAAACACCCGUUGUCGAAACACCAACUUUGGAAGUGGAAACACCAGCAGUCGAAUUAGAGGUUGAAGCACCAGUUGUUGAAAUCGAAAUACCAGCUGUUGAAAUCGAAGCACCUGCAGCUGUUGAAAUUGAAACACCCGUUGUCGAAGUGGAAACACCAACUUUGGAAGUGGAAACACCAGCAGUCGAAUUAGAGGUUGAAGCACCAGUUGUUGAAAUCGAAACACCAGUUGUUGAAAUCGAAGCACCAGCAGUAGAAUUAGAGGUUGAAACACCAGUUGUUGAAAUCGAAACACCAGUUGUUGAAAUCGAAGCACCAGCAGUCGAAUUAGAGGUUGAAACACCAGUUGUUGAAAUCGAAGCACCAGCUGUUGAAGUAGAGGUUGAAACACCAGCGGUCGAAUUAGAGGUGGAAUCACCAGCUGUCGAGAUAGAGACACCAGCCCUCGAAGUUGAAGUACCAACCGCAGAAGUCGAAGUAGAAACACUUAAAGUGGACCUUGAUGAAACAUCAGCUGAGUUAGCAGCGGGUGCGAUAGGAAUUGCAGCUUCAGGUGCAAUUGUUGCUGCUGCUUUGGAGGCUGCAUCGACCUCAGAUAUCGAAGUUGAAGUUGAAACACCUGCCUUACAAAUAGAAGCGCCAGCUGUCGAAUUGGAAGCACCAUCAGUCGAGAUUGAAACUCCAGAUGUCGAAGUGGAAACACCAUCUGUCGAAUUGGAAGCACCAUCAGUCGAGAUUGAAACUCCACAUGUCGAAUUAGAAACAACUGUGGAGAUUGAAACACCGUCUAAAGAAGUUGCCAUUGGACUCACUGCAACUGCUGUCGUCAGUGAUGCAUUGAAUAACGUCUUAUCUGAGUCAAUGGAGGCAGAUAUUACGAUACCAGCUGUCCAAGUCGAUACAUCAGCUCCUGAAAUCGAAACACCAUCUGUCGAAGUUGAAGUAGAAACACCUAAAGUGGACCUUGAUGAUACCUCUGCUGAAUUAGCAGCCGGUGCGAUAGGAAUUGCAGCUUCAGGUGUAAUUGUUGCUGCUGCUUUGGAGGCUGCAUCGACCUCAGAUAUUGAAAUCGAAGUUGAAACACCAGCUGUCGAAGUAGAAACACCUGUCGUCGAAAUCGAAGCACCUGCUGUUGAAGUAGAGAUUGAAACACCAGCUGUCGAAAUAGAAACACCAGCUGUUGAAAUCGAAACACCAGCUGUUGAAAUUGAAACACCUGCUUUUGAAGUCAAAACACCAGUUGUUGAAAUCGAAACACCAGUUGUUGAAAUCGAAACACCAGCUGUUGAAGUUGAAGCACCUGCUGUUGAGGUAGAGAUUGAAACACCAGCUGUCGAAAUAGAAACACCAGCUGUUGAAAUCGAAACACCAGCUGUUGAAAUUGAAACACCUGCUUUUGAAGUCGAAACACCAGUUGUUGAAAUCGAAACACCAGUUGUUGAAAUCAAAACACCAGCUGUUGAAGUUGAAGCACCUGCUGUUGAGGUAGAGAUUGAAACACCAGCUGUCGAAAUAGAAACACCAGCUGUCGAAAUCGAAACACCAGCUGUUGAAAUCGAAGCACCAGCAGUCGAAUUAGAGGUUGAAGCACCAGUUGUUGAAAUCGAAACACCAGCUGUUGAAAUCGAAGCACCAGCAGUCGACUUAGAGGUUGAAGCACCAGUGGUUGAAUUAGAGGUCGAAACACCUGCUUUCGAAGUGGAAACACCAGCGUUUGAAAUUGAAACACCAGCUUUUGAAAUUGAAACACCAGAAUUGACGUCUUAUCCUGCAGCUGCUACUGAUAUUGUUGUGGACACUCCAGAAGCAGUUAUAGAACUGCCAGAUAUGGAAGUGGAGGUUGAAACGCCGGAAGUCAGCUUAGAGAUUAAAACACCAGUUGUUGAAAUCGAAACACCAGCUGUUGAAAUUGAAACACCAGCUGUUAAAAUUGAGACACCAACACUCGUCGUGGACACUCCAGAAGCAGUUAUAGAACUGCCAGAAAUCGAGCCAGAAGUCGAACUUGAGGUACCGGAAGUCGAAGUUAAAGUCGCAGCAGAUGUCGACGUUCCAGAGGUUGAGAUCCCUGUUGCUGCAGCGGUUAAUGUCACAACCGAAGUUGAAGUUCCUUCAGCUUCAGAUGUUAGUUUAUCAGGAGGAGAAGGCGAUGUAGAAUCUUUACCUCCAAUCGAUGUUACUUUCGCCCUUGAAGGUGAAUACAAAUCAGACGGCGAGAUGGUUAUCCCGGCAAUCAAAAAUGAUCCUAUAUAUAGUGUGUCAACUAAACAGAGGAAAUUAUCUGUGAGCAGUUCCGGAGGAUCCAGUUCCAAAAAGAGAGUUUCUGUAGCGGCAAGUUCAGGUACCGGCACUGGUAAGUCUAUGAAGUCAAUAGGAAGCAGCUUCAUAUCCGGUGGUGACGAAAUCAGCUCCCUGGCAGAUGUAAGGAUCAGUCACUACUUCCCCUCUAUUGAUUCUAGAUUGGUACUACUCUUGGCGAAUAUGGAUUCUACAAGCCAAGAUUUCGAAACUUCGAAAGAGCAAUUUAGAAAGUUCAUUGCUAAGAGCGAUAUCGACUACAGGUCUGUGAGUUUCCUGAAAUGUUGUCAGCUAAUGCGCGUGUCUCUUACUGCUGCCAAUUUUAAGAUUAUUGGAGCCGGCGAGCACGUUAUGUUCGACGACUUACCUUAUAAGCUAAAACGAGGCAUCUCCAAACUUACCUUGAAAAAGAAGAAGUCAAGCAAGAAAAUAGAAACUAUAGAUCCUCUCCUGGCUCAGCUUUCAGCAAAAAGUGCCAGCUUGAAAAAAGCAAAUACUGCUGAUCAACCUCUGUCUAAAAAGCAGAUGCAACGUCAGAAAGAAUUGGGUAACGCCGCCAUCAACCUUUACACAGAAGUGAUCCAAUGUUACCAGAACUACAAAACCAUGAUGCAGACUGCACAGAGCUGGGAAGGUGCAAAGUUGGAGCCCAGGUAUGGAGACAGUAUGGAUUAUAUGCAGGAGGAGGUCAUGAUGGCUACAAUGAUUCUCACCGGACAGUGCUCACCGGAUUAGAUAGUAUUUUGCUGAUAUUUUAGUUUACUGGAGGUUUCUUUAUAGUGCAUUCUUCUGUUGUUAGACAUACACUGACCAGUGACCUUGAUGAAAAUUAUGCAGAACGUCUAGUAUUUAAGUAAGAUUAGGUUGUAGGUACUUUUUUCAGUGUGAGAAAAAUACAAAUGCAUUGUCAUUAAGAACUGACCGCAUUGCUAGUGCCGCCUAUAACCCUGUGUUAUACCAUAUUGAUAAAAGAUUAGGAUAUUUUUAGAUAAUUUUUAACCUUCUUAACGAACUUUUUAAGAUUGAAUACGUUAAAAUGGAAGUAACGGUUCUUGAUCAGAUUUCUUUUUGACGAUUUCAGACAUUCUUAUAAUCAUUGUAACUACUUAAACUCUUAUGUAAUUUUCAGAUAAAGCUUACUUUGCUUAAGUAAGGAGAUUUAAUUUUAAGGAUAUUGAUUGAAUCAUUUCACAUGUGAUUCUUUCAUCAAACUGUAACAAGCAUGAGGUUAUUGUAACUUUAAAUAAACUUGUGCGUGUGUUAAAUGAGAUAAGAGGAAAAUAUUUGCAGAAAUCUAAAUUGAACAAGCAGGUUCCAUUUCCGAUGGUCUUUGAUUCUUCGACACUCUACAUAAAACCAGAUAGUGAUUAAUCUUUAAAAGAUAUAGGACUAGAAUUUCUGUCUUUUAACGGUGAUAGUUUGGACUACACAUUUUUGGAUGCUAUUUUCUUUGGUGAAUUUAGUCGCCAGACUGCGUAAAAAAGAGUGAAACAAUUUUCAUUGUAAUCAUAAUGUUAAGGGUUAAUGUUUGGAUUUGAACACAUUUUUUGAUCGAAAAAUCUAAAUUUUAUUUUAAGAAUAUAGUACGGAUUGAGUUUGACAAUUGACAUCAAAUACAGAAUGAUUUUUAAUCAUGCAUUGCAUUAAACAUUAUCAAUAAGAGUUAACAAA